AUGGAAGAAUCUAACAGACACAAAACUUUUUGUAAUCCACAAUGCACAGCGAGAAAAAGCAUUGUGCUGGAUUUGAAAUAUUUAUUAUCCGUUAGUGAAAACAUUGAUAAAACCCUGCGAGAUUUUUCGAGCUCCCAAGAUGAAGAAUUCAAAGAGCUGCCUGAUUUCCCACAUACAAGUUUCAAUGAGUCGCCAAGAUUGUAAAAGUUAUGUAGCCUUGAUAUAAAUUUCGCUGAUAUUUCUAUGGAAGAAGCAGCGCUAAAUUUUCCAUUAAGCCAAGACUUGAAUAAUGCGAUGUUAAGGAUUAUUUCAAGGAUUCAAAAACUGAAAGAAACAGAAAAUCAGCUGAUAAGGACAUAUAAAAAUGCUUGUAAUUCACAAGAUAAAGAAGAAAUCCAAAGACUGACAGUCCAGCUGAGAGAAAUGAGCCAAGAAGUAGAAUUUUUGAGCAAAAAAAUUGAAGAAAAUGAAGAAGAAAGAGAAAAAACAGGAAAAAGUGAAUGUAAAGACUGUGGCAAAAAUGUCCAAAAAUUAAAAGAAUUUAAAGGAGAAAUUGAAGAAAUAAAAAAAGAGCUAAUAAAGGCUGAUGAGUUACUUAAUACCACAAGAAAAGAAAAAGCUGAUCUAGAGUCAGCUUAUAUAGACCUGCAAAAGCAGCUUGAAGAGCUAAAAGAUUUCGACCCAAAAGAAUAUGAAGCAGCCUUCGCAGGUCUUAAUUCAGAAAAAGAAGAUCUUAUAAAGCUUAAUAAAGAGCUUGCUAGGAAAUAUAACAUACAAGAAAGCAUGAUAUGGAAAAUAGAAAAAGAGCUAGAAAACGCUAAUAUCGAAAUAGAAGAAAAAGAUCGUGCCUUAAUUAUUGCAAGAAAUAUGAUAACAAAACUUCAGAGUUCACAAAAUGAAUUAGAGAGAAAACUUAAACAGCAAAAACAGUUAGCAAUACAAAAUAAGCUGAAAGGACAAAGCUUUGCUGAUAUUGAAAGCCAUGAAGGAAUGCUGAGAAGUGAAAUUUACAGUUUGCAUGAUAAGAUUGAAAAAAUUUCAAUUGAAAGUGAUAGAGAAAUUAAAAAUAGAGAAGAAGUCAUUAGAAAAUUAAAUGGAGAAAAUAAUGAUUUAAAGCAAGCAUUCGAUGAAAUAGAAGGAAAGUUGAAAGAAAUUGAAAGCGAGAAUAAGCUAACUUCCCACUCCUUGAGUUAAACGAAAUAUUUUAUUUGCUUAUGGAGUGGGCAAUUUUUUUCAAAAAUAGGCCUUCUUGGGAAUAACUUGCAGAAGAGGGAGCUUUGUUUCUCCCCGAAGGUUUUCCUGUCCUACGAGAUGGGCUAGACAGGUUGUGCUUCUCUCAUAGUCCUCCCUUGUUGAGACCAUCGAGGCACUCUGCAGGCGUGUGGCUCUACCUAUGGAGCUGAUCCCUUGGACAGGUGGCUCAGAUCAGAAAUCCAAAAUAGUGGCCUUCCAUUUCCUUCUUUGUCUCUAGAGGUAAAGGUUAGUGAAUUUCCCGCUUAUGGCAAAUUUAAUUGUUUUAAGUAAUUCACAAAAAUUGAAAGUAAAAUUUAAUUUAAUUUGUAAAAUUUUGUUUUAAUAUGCAAGCUGUUUAAAAUUCAACAGAAUUAGCUAUAGAUUUCAUUAUAUUAAUUAUCACUUAUAUAUUAAAAUAUUUUUUUAUAAAAAUGCUAUAUUAAAACAUUUUUUUGUUCGGAGAGUGGGAUUUUAGUGCAAAAUGUAGGGAUUUUUCCAAUGCACACUUCAUGGAGUGGAGGGAGUAAGAGAAGAAAAUCAUCAGAAUGAAAUGAAAAAGCUGACUGAAAGUUUAGCUGAAAAAGAGGAGUCAAUCGGCCAGCUAUCAAAGCUCAACCAAGAGCAGCUGAAGCUAAAAGACUUAGAGCUCACUCAAAUGAAAAAAUCAAUAAAUUCAGGCAUUUCUGUUGAUAACGAAAAACCAUCACUAGAUGAAGAAAAAACUACUCUAAGGUCAACUACUCCAAUAAAACGCAAAUCUCCAGUCAAAACCUAUGCUAAAAUGCCUAUAAAACAGACGCUAAGACCAUCUGAAAAUAUAAAAACUGUCUCAGACAUAGAAUCUAAUCAGCAGUCAGAGCUUGCAGAAACUGAAAAACCUAGCAUAGAAAAGCCCUUAAGUAUGCUUUGAAGAGAACAGCUUCAAGAAAGCUUAAAAAAGGAAUCCUUGUAUAAAAAGCAGUUGGGAAAAAUAAAUGAGCAAGAAAAUCAAUUUUUUAAAGAAAGAAUUAAAAUAUUAGAAGAGCUCGGAAGUACAAAGCACCAGUUAAGCGAAAAGCUGAGAAUGAGAGAAGAAGAGUACGAGUCAAAAAUCAAUGAAAUUGCAACAAAACAGCAAAACCUAUUAAAAAUUGUUGAAGAAAUGCAAAAAUCGCUGCUGAUGAAAGAUAAACAAAUAAAAGAGCAGAGCAACCUUUACUUAUGUGAAAUAUCUGAAAUGAAGAAGCUUAUAGACAUAUUCAAAAAUGAAAUUGCAUAUAGAGAUGAUAUUUAUCGAAAAAAUUACUUCAAGCCAUUGGUUUUCUCAGCAAAAAUUGAUGCCCUAAAUGAUGAAAAUUCAAAACUCAGGCAAAAUUUAGAAGAUAGCAAAAGAGAGUUAACAAUAAUUAUGAAUGAGAAAUUAAACUAAACUAAAAUUAAUUAUGGCCAUUAGACCUUAAAGUCUGGAUUAUCAAAUAAUUUCUCAAGAUUGCCAAUUAAUCUUCGCCCAUAUGAAUGAGAAAGAAAUAUCAAAGGGCCAAUAUAAGCAAGCUGAAGAAAUCAUAAAUUCUUUAAAGCUAGAAAUCCAACUAGCAGAAAAUGAACUUCUUUCUAUGCCCAAACUCAAUUUCUUAACUGAAGAAAAACCCAUGAAACUUUAUGAAAAAAUAAAAGAAAUGAAAAAUGAAUUCACAAAGUCUAUUGAAUGAAAAGAAACUGAUAUAAAAACGAUAAAUAAUUUACAGGCAAAGCUUAAAGAAAUGGAAGAUUAUUAUGAAAAAGCGUUAAGCGAAAAAGCAGCGAUUAAUCAGCAAUUAAUUGCCACUCUGAAUAAUAUAAAACAAGAAAAAAACACAAAACGCCUCGAUUCUUCUCAAAAUUCAGCAUUAGGCCGCUCAGAAAAUGAACGGUCAAGAGCUAGUAUGACUCCUCUUAGACUAUCCAACCGAAGCCGCUAUCAAAGUUUAGAUUUAGAUGCCCAGCCAUUCACAACUCGAGAGUCAGACGAAACAAGUCAACUCUUAUUUGAAAAAGAUAAACAAAUUGAAGAUUUGCUAUAUAAGCUCAGCAGUGCCAAAACUCAUAGAAGAAGGCACUCACAUAAGCAUAAAGGAAAGUUUGACCUUUCAGAAGUGUUGAAUCUAGUUGAAUAUUUAAAAGAUGAGAUAUUGGGAAACCGGCUUACUAAUAAAGAUUUAUCUGAAGAACUAAAGGAAAUUCUGGUGAAUUUCUCAGAGUGAUUAAGAACAACUCCGCAUAAACUAUCAAAUUAAAGUAAAUUAAAUUGGUAAGCUGGCCAUAGCCGGGCAACCCUCUAGCUUUACCCUAUCUCUGCUCCAAAGCUGCAUUCGUUCAAAUGAGGAAAAUGGAAGUCCACUAUCUUGAAUUCCGACCUGAAACACCUGUCAGGGAUUAACUCUCCUGAGCAGAGCCGCCAUCUGUAGAUUGCCCCGCGGGCCCCAAUAAAAAUGGACCAUGAGGUAGUUAAAGCCUAUCUAGUCCAUUUGGCAGGGACAGGAAAACAUUCGGGGGAGAAACAAAGCACCCUUUUCAGCAAACUUCCCAUUAAGAUGACCUACUUUGCUCACAAGGAACAUCUUCCGCCACCCAUCACACUGACCCAUCGCUCCAUCAGGAGGUGUCGACUCGGAGUUCAAUUUCCAAUAACAUCACCUUUUAUUUCUAUACUAUCAAGGAAUCAAGAUUUAGGAUUCUAUUCAGAGAUUAUUUCUUUAUUAUUAAAUAGCUCAAAGUUAGCUGACCAAAUUUAUUCUUUAAAACAGUUGCAAAGCCAGCUUUAUCAAUAUGACCAAAAUUCUAUAUCAAGUCAGUUGCUCAUGUAUGUUAGAAUUUUAUGCGAAAAUAACGAAAGCAACCCCGAAGAAAAUUCUACAAAAGUCAGGCUGCGAUUAGAAACUUUAUAUAGAAACUUAAAAAGUUCAGCAGAAAGCAUCUCGAAAGUAGCCAACAGGUUACAAGAAAUGAAAUGAUCUUUGUCCCACGAAGAAACUCGUGCAGAUAUCUUUUUAAGGGUAUUAGAAAUGGUCGGAAAUUUUUUCGAAAACUACAUUUUGGAACACAAAAACGACGAAGAAACCUUACUAAAGGCGAUCAAAGAAUUGUCCAAUUCAAACACAAAGCCGCUGCGGUCUUCUAGAAGCAUGAGAUCAUAUCAAUAA